CUCCUCCCUCCCUCCCUGAGCAGGAAUGCUGAAACCCAGAGAGCGGUCGCUGAGCGCCGCGCUUCAGUCCGUCUCUGUACCGCGGAGGGGUAAAUCAUUGAUCACCGCCUUCUCUUACAAAUACUAAUGAGGAGGAAGUGAUCGGUGUGCAGAUAGUGCGGCCACUUUCCUGCAUCAGCCGCAAUCAUUCUCUCGUUUUAUCCCGACUGGAGAAAAGUUUGCGCUACCAGGAUCUGACGCAGCUGGAGUCCGCGGAUGGGAACAGCUUCUCAGCCUUAUCAUCGGACCCCACGUCUCCAGACAUGGAUCCAGAGUCACUGCGAAGGUGAAGAUUGCAAGUGUUAAAUGCUCACGCCGAGCCUUCCAGCAACACAGCGACUGCUCAUUUAACUGCUGUCCCUUCAGUGACUGAGUGAACCAUUUGUAGACUGUUUACAAUGGCGUCUAGUCUGACAUGCACGGGUGUUAUCUGGGCCCUGCUGUCACUGCUGUGCGCUGCUGCUUCCUGCGUCGGGUUCUUCAUGCCCUACUGGCUGCUGGGAACUCAGAUGGACAAGCCCGUGUCCUUUGGCACCUUCCGACGCUGCUCCUACCCAGUGAGAGACGAGGAGAAGCAGAUCACAGUGAUGCUCGAGCAAUGUGGGCGCUACGCCUCCUUCAGCGGCAUCCCCAGCCUGGAGUGGAGGAUUUGCACAGUGGUGACGGGCGUCGGAUGUGGCCUCCUCCUGCUGGUGGCGCUCACGGGUCUCAUGGGCUGCUGCAUCUCCGACCUCAUCUCGCGUACGAUUGGCCGUGUGGCCGGCGGCAUCCAGUUUGUUGGAGGUCUGCUCAUCGGGUCUGGCUGUGCACUCUAUCCACUGGGAUGGGACAGUGAGGAGGUCAAACAGACCUGCAGCAACAGCUCAGACCAGUUUAAACUGGGCUCCUGUCAGAUUGGCUGGGCGUACUACUGCACGGGAGCCGGCGCAGCCGCCGCCAUGCUGCUGUGCACUUGGCUCUCUUGUUUCGCUGGAAAGAAGCAGAAGCAUUACCCGUACUGAUCAGAGUAUUGGUGAGACGGGGACACACGGAGACCUCAGGCGGUACGACAAAAAGGGAGAGGACUCCGUGGACCACUACAGCACAUCGAGCACCAAAGACGCCAAGUCAUUACGGUGCUCUGCACAUCUUGGGAUACUUCUCAUCUGACAACUGCAGGGACUGUUACAUAAUGCAGCACACGUAUGAUGCUCUUAAAUGAAAAUGUAUGGACCAAUCCUGUUUGUAAAAUUGGUACACCCCCCUUUUCCAAAAGAGUGUUUUUUUGUCUUCUAUAGUUAUUGAUGUUUAUGUGAUAGUGCGGCGUGUGAUGAGCAGAAAAUCCCUUCAAUGUUACCCCCAAGUGUUUCCAUUUCCUCCUGGUAUUCUUGCCUUAAACCUGAAAAUGCAAUAAUCCCUGAAACAGGAAGCAGCCCCAUGUCGGCUGCCUUCCCUCUCACCUCGGACUUCUCACAUCCCACAGAUUAUAGCAGUUUAUUUAACACAUCCAAAAGAUAUACAAAGUAUACGUUAAUGUAUUCUAUCAUGUUAUCACGUGUUUUGUAUUGGCUCGCAGAUUAUUCUUCGUCAUGCUUUUUGUUUUUGUAAAUAAAUGUUUAAUGAAA